CAUUUCGUCAUUGUCGUAUGAAAUUCAAAAUUAUUUUAGUCAAUUUUUUACAGAAUUCUCAACAAAAUUUUUAGUAUAUACAUGUGUAAAAUAUAGUGUGGUGUGUGCGCGUGAAAUUUAAUCAAACUCGAAUCCAGAUUUUCACUUUUGGGUUGAGCUGCGCGCCGGUCAAACAUUUGAAACUAGUUCAAGGCUGCCUGCUGACCGCACUCUCCCCUCCAUCAACAACAUCAUCGUCAUCAUCAUCAGCAGCUAUAUCCUUGUCAACUAUCUCAUAUAGCCUCAAGAUCUCAUCAGCAUGGAGCUAUCACUGUCACCAAAAGAAACGGAGGUGCGUCCCGAUACGAUCCCCGAUUUAAAAGUCGAUGCAACUUUUCGUAAAGUGGCUAAAAAUGCAAUUACAUUUGCCUUAUGGAAAAUCGACGAGGAUCGUUUGGAGGCAGUGUCACGCCCACAAUAUGGAUUAUUUUAUGAUAACUGCGCCUACAUAAUAUAUGCCUCGUCUUUGGUGGGACAUUAUGCCACGCAUGAGACCAUUACACGCGAACAAAAGUCGAAUGUAUUAUUGGAACGCUAUAUACACUAUUGGUUGGGCAGCAAUGUGAGCGAACAGAAUCGUUCGAAUGUUGUGCAUAAAAUACAAGAGCUGGACUCGUAUUUGGGCAAUGUGGCGGCUAUUUAUCGAGAAACACAGAAUCAUGAGAGCGCUAGAUUUCUAUCGUAUUUCAAAAAGGGAUAUGACAUACUAUCGGGGGCUUUGAUUAAUACACCACAACAACCACGUCUUUAUCAAUUAAGCGGUCGGAAAUGGUUACGUUCAAUUGAAUUGCCCACCAUUGAGUGGUCACAUUUCAAUUCCGAUUAUAUAAUGAUACUCAAAAUGGAGACCAUUACCUUCAUAUGGAUAGGACGUUCUAGUUCUGGUAUUGAGAGACGCAGUGCCCUCGCAUGGGUGACCAAACAGUCGCCAAAUUCAAAUACAACCAUAGUCGAUGAUGGCUAUGAACAGGCAAUGACUUCGGAGGAGAAACAUUUGUGGAACAGUGUGCUGCCAUUGCAGAAACGUCUCGUAUGCCAGGCAAAUCAAAAGAAAAGUUCCAGUUUCAAGGAUUUGGAGAGUAAUAAAUUUCGUAUUUAUAAAUGCAAUCAACGCGGACGUUUGCAUCUCGAUCAACUGGAUGUCGGCUUGCCCGCAAAGGAUGAUCUUAGCGAUGCUCAUGGUGUGUAUUUGUUGGAUAACUAUGCCCAGACCAUCUGGUUAUGGGUUGGGGCUCAAGCCCCUCAAGCAGAUGCACUCGCCGCCAUGGGUAAUGGACGUGCCUUUGUGAAAAAGAAGAAAUAUCCAGAUCAUACUCUGGUCGUGCGAGUUCUAGAAGGUCACGAACCAGUGGAAUUUAAACGUCUAUUCGCCAAUUGGUUAAGCGUUUGGAGUCAAGAGAAUUCGCGUGGUCAUAAGCCAGUGUCAACGAAAUUUGGUAAAUUAGAUGCGGUUUCGCUGUGCGAACGACCCAAAAUGGCUGCCGAUACACAACUAGUUGAUGAUGGACGAGGUGAACGUAUCCUAUAUCGUAUAAUUGGUGAUCAAAUGCAUGAAAUCUCAAGCACAAAGCCUGUCGUCUUUACCACAAAUGCCAGCUAUGUGGUUAUAUAUAGUGUACAGUGUGCCACCAUUAUACCAGCUGAUCUGGCCGCUGUGGGAAUUAAGACAAUUGUUUAUCAAUGGAAUGGUUCUGAGGCCUCUGUGGAAACCAUUGGCAAGGCGGAUAAAUUUGCAUUAAAAAGUUUUGAGGAUCUGCAAAAGAAAGGACAAACUGCCUCGAUGUUUGUUCAACUCUACGAGUUUGAUGAGACUCCGCACUUUUUGCAAAUCUUUGAAGGCAAAUUGAUUAUAAUGCAUGGACAACGAAGCGCCAUACUUAAUAAUAACAACAACGAUUUCAAGACAAACAUAAUGCUAGAGACAUUCCUGCUGAAAAUCUACGGCGAUGCCUCGUAUAAUGCCAAAGCUGUGGAAGAACUUCCCCUAUCAUCGAUAACCUCCAAAGAUUGUUAUGUGAUCAAGACGAGUCAUGUGUGGGUCUGGUGUGGUCAAAGUAGUACAGGUGAUGCACGCGAAAUGGCCAAAACGGUGGGCACUCUCCUGGGUGAAAGUUCUCUCAUUCUCGAGGGCAAGGAGACUAAAGAGUUUUGGCAAUCGGUGGCUCUAUAUUUCAAUCAAACGCUCGUUAUCAAUGGCAACGGUACCACUAACAACUGCAAUUCCUGUGGCAGCAGCAGCAGCACAAGCAGUAGCACUUCUGGAGCUGGUAGCAUGUGCAACGGUGGCAACAUUUCGCCAACUCUGAGUAACAAUUGUUAUUUGAAUACGACAGUUCCCAUCAAACCACGACCACCAGUUCAACUUUUCUUGGUGUGGUGGCAAGCGAACUCAAAUACCCUACUCACCGAGGAGAUACUUGGUUUCGAUCAGGAGGAUCUAUGUGCGGAUUGUACUUAUAUACUGGAUACUGGCUUGAUUACCUACGUCUGGCUGGGCUCACAGGCUUUGAAUCAGGAGAAAUACACAGCCAUUGCUCAGUGUUAUAUACAAAAUGCACCAUUUGGUCGUCGUUCGGCAACUGCUUUGGCCAUUGUCCGUCAAUACAAUGAACCGAAUGUGUUUAAGGGGUUCUUUGAGACCUGGAAAGAUGAUUACGGCAAGAACUUCAUCUCAUAUGAAGAAAUGCGCAGAGAUCGAUGUGCCACUGAGGCGGCUCCCAAAAUAAAUGGCAAUAUCGUAAAUGGAUCUGCAGCAUUGAUGCGUAACAAUCAACAAAAGGACUUUGAUGGCCAUAAAAAAUAUCCCGUAACAGUACUUACCCAGGAAACGGAUAUGUUACCAACUGAAGUCAAUCCCCUUAAACGGGAGGUACAUCUGACUCAUGAUGAUUUUGUAUCGAUUUUCAAAAUGUCUUUUUACGAAUUCGAUGAUCUGCCAAAGUGGAAAAAGACCGAACUCAAAAAGCUCUACAAAUUGUUUUAAAUAAGAAUUUUCCAACGCACUGUACAUAAAUAGCCAGUUUUAAAAUGAAUAUAUACUAUAUAUUUUGGAUUUA